UAUAGCUGUGAUGUGAUGUGACAUUAUAGUCUAAACGGUCUAGUACUUAUAUCCCGGGACAUUUACUUCCCAAAGAAGACUCUUGCAUGCGAUAUCCAUGGCAUGUCCAACGGUUAUCCUAAACGAUAGGGCGGAUAGUCAACGCCGGUACUACUUAUUGUUUAGCCUCGACGUGGGGCGGGCGCUUGAGGCUGUGAGCGAAGCAACCGUCAAGCAAGCCCGAGUUUCAAAAUCCACCACACUGUCCCAUCGAGGCCACGGUAAUCUUCUCUCCCUCCUUCACAUCUUACCGCGGCCAUGUCCGAAUCCAAGGGAAUUGAAGGCAAGGCCACCGCCGCCGCCCCCGAGGAAACCGGCAACGUCGAGUCCGCUGACCCCUCCUCCGUCGCGGAGAACGAAGCGCAGCCCACUUCCGCCGCCGAGGACGACUCCGCAGACAAGACAAAGAAGAAGAAGCUGUUCGGAAAGAAAUCAAAGGAUGGAGCAGAGGAAGGUCCGGCGACAGCAGGCAAGAAGCUUACGUCUGGUAUGGCGGAGUCCUUGUUGGAGAAGAACCCUGCUCUGAAAGGUGAACUGGAGGGGCUGGACCAGAAGAAGAAAACCGAGGCUCUGCGCAAUAUGAACAUCGCGGAACUCUUGACGGGCCUGGCGAUUGGAGGCAAGAACCAGAAGGAUAUGGCUUCCUACAAGUUCUGGAGUACGCAGCCGGUGCCGCGGUUCGAUGAGAAGGGACAGAUGGUCGAGGGGCCCAUCAAGGUCAUCAAUCCGGACGAGGUGCCCAAGCAGCCUGAUCCUCUCCUGGAAGGCUUCGAGUGGGUUACGUUGGACUUGACGGACGAGAAGGAGCUUCAGGAGCUGUACGAACUGCUUACGAACCACUACGUGGAGGAUGACAAUGCCAUGUUCCGUUUCAACUAUUCGCGAUCCUUCCUUGACUGGGCCUUGAAGGCCCCAGGAUGGAGGCCAGAAUGGCAUGUCGGUGUCCGCGCCUCGAAGUCUCGCAAACUAGUCGCCUCGAUUUGCGGUGUGCCUGCGGACAUCCGUGUGCGUGAUCAGCUUCUUCACGUCAGCGAGAUCAACUUUCUCUGCAUUCACAAGAAGUUGCGAUCAAAGCGCCUGACCCCAGUGCUUAUCAAAGAGAUUACCCGUCGCUGUUAUCUGAAUGGCGUCUACCAGGCCAUUUACACCGGUGGUGUCGUCCUCCCUAAACCUGUAGCUUCGUGCAGAUACUACCACCGCCCGUUGGACUGGCUGAAGCUAUAUGAAGUUGGGUUCUCUCCCCUUCCUCAUGGCUCGACCAAGGCUCGUCAAAUCACGAAGAACCACCUCCCCAGCGAAACAUCGACUCCGGGAAUCCGGCCAAUGGAGCUCAAGGAUGUCGAUGAUGUUCACGACCUCCUGGAACGCUACUUGAAACGUUUCCAACUGAACCAGGCCUACUCGAAAGAUGAGAUUGAACAUUGGUUGGUGCACAAAGAAGAGGCAGACAAGGAGCAGGUUGUCUGGUCGUACGUCGCAGAAGACCCAGAGACGCAUAAGAUUACCGAUUUUGUCUCGUUCUACUCUCUGCCUUCUUCGGUUAUUCAGAACCCGAAGCAUAAGGAGGUCCGAGCGGCAUACCUAUACUACUACGCAACGGAGGCAGCAUUCAAGGAUGACGAUAAGGUCCUCAAGGAGCGGCUACUGACUCUCAUCAAUGAUGCGCUUAUUCUUGCUAAGAGAGCUCAUUUCGACGUGUUCAACGCUCUCACUAUCCACGACAACCCUCUCUUCCUUGAGCAGCUCAAGUUCGGCGCUGGUGACGGACAGCUUCAUUAUUACCUCUUCAACUACCGCACCUCCCCGGUUCCGGGUGGUGUUAACGAAAGGAACCUUCCGGAUGAUAAGAAGCGAGGAGGCGUGGGUGUUGUUCUCUUGUAAAAAAAGGAAUAGAAUCGAUGCAUUGCCUGGGGCAGAAUGCAGACAGCAGGUAUGGGACACGGUUUUAUGGCGUCUGCGAGAUGAUCUCUAUUGGUCGACCGCGUUGUGCUAUAGCUGUUGAAGAGAAGAAAAUAGCUCACAGAAUACCCUAACAAGAAUAAAAAUGAUAUUAUGGUUAUGAUAGUCCAC